AUGAUAUUAAACAAUCAAGAUCCAGUAAUGCCAAAAGCAUACAUGCAAAAUCAUCUCGACUGCACAAUGUCCGGGAGUACAGGAAUUCAGUCGGGUCUGCAUCUUAAAGGACAGCCAGAGCCACAACCAGGCUUGUCUGAGAAUGCCAAACCUAAUGAGAUCCGUAAAAGGGAACAACUUAAGCAGAGGUUGACCAGACUUUGGGCGGGAGGCAACAAAGAAAUAAGCGCAUCUGGCCCAACGGCAGAGAAGUCAAACAGGAGGAGGCACAGAUUAAGAUUUUGGAAGAAUGACAGGGAAGAACCGCACAGUUUUGACCAACCGGAGCAGAUGCGUUCGUGGGCACCUGAGACUGACUUGUCAUCAAAUGCAGAGCCUUUCACCAUCAGUGACUACUUAGCAUUUGGCGCAGCCUCCGAAAACACUAUAUCUUCCGUCAGUGAGGCUAACACAGUCAUCCAUAGACCGUACCAAUUGGAAGUUGAUGAAGGGCAUGAGCCUAUGCCUUACUACUCUAAAUUAGAAGAUCGAAAUGAAAAACCCAAGCCGGUUAAUUCAGUCCCUCCAGCAUUAGAUAUUAAAAAAUCCUGGAGUCGGUCUAGUCCUUGUUCCACGGUUGCUUCAUCAUCAGGUGCAGCCAACACCUUUUCUCCGGUUUGCGCAGGCUUCACGCCUGUCACACCAGUUCUCUACACCGAAUCAGAUUCAAGCGGUGAGAAAGCUGACGGAAGACUGAAGUCAGCAUGGAAGCCCCGCACAAUCAUCCCAGCAAGUGAAAAAGAGAUGGUUUUCAUUGAUGACAAUAAGCAACGUGAAAUCAGGUUACACUUUAAGCCUCUUCCAAACACUAGUCAAGGCUUGGAAGAAUUGAAGAUUUCUAGCUAUCCUCCUUGCAGCAUUGAAGAGUUCCCUCAAACAGAAGACCCUUUGUUUGACAUCCAGAGAAAUGAUUUGACGAAGGAUACCGUUUCUCCCAAUAGCGAAGUAUCUUUAAAAACUUGGGAGCACAUCGAAGAUGAAAUAUGGUUUGCUAAGCUUUUGAAGGAAUAUUGUCCCGUCAGAUUACGCAGAAACAAGCGCAUGAAUUUCGACAGCGAAGAGUUUCGCUCGAUGCAAGCCGACCUGACGUUGAGGACACUCGCAGAGCAGGAGCUUCGAGGCCAGGACAGAAAAUUGAUAUUCCGCCCCAGUUUAUCAUCCGGUAAAUCAUUUUUCCGUAGUAUAUUUCAUUUUGAGGAGGACGAGGAUGUCCUAGAUGCGAUGGAUCAUUUCAUUCUCUGCAAUGAAGGCCUAAUUCCCUUAUUUAGAGGUUCUCGACCUGCUGUACGCAAGCACUUCUUUAGAAGGUGGCAUAAUUAUGAUAGAGAUAGAAUCAUAGUUUGUGAGCAACUGAUGGAGAAGUGGCUGGAGGAUAAAACUUACCUAGCGAAGUUGAAGGAAGAUAGGAAACGGCGACAGGAAAGACGUCUUUUGAUGGAGAGCUGUGAGGGAAACAAUGACAGGUUGCCUCCUUUCUCGUUCUUUGCAAAAAAACUGCUGGUCAGAUUAAGUGGACAAAGAGGGAGAAUAGGAAAGCCACCUAGGCGAGGAAGCAAACUUCUCGUAUUCAGGAAAGAACCACUCUUCGGUAUCCCGUACUUCGAGAAAAAAAAGCAAGAAGCAAAGACCUGGCUAAAGGAGCUUGUGCUCAGUAUUUAG